GCUUGAGCUGUUCAAAAAUGCCCAGAAUCUCUGGGCAGGACGUUUUCCUUCCCUCUCCUCCUGAUCCAGAGCCUCCCACCCUUUCAGGAAAGGAGGGGAGAGCGCCAACGUUGGGAGCCUGCUCUUCUCCCUUUGCAAGGAUGGAGAAAUAGAGAGAGUUUGCUUGCAGGAGGAGUUGGGCUGGGAAGAAGGUCACCCAACUCUUUUCCCAAGAUUGUUGUGUCUCUUGGGGCAACUUUGCUCCCCUCCAGGUGUGUUGUUGCUGUUGUGCAUCACAUCCCCAUGGAUGGAUCUCCAAGCUGGUGAAGGAAGAAGCAGAGAAGGCAGCAUUGCUCAGCUUGGAAGUCCUCCUGGCUUCUCCUGCCUUCUUCUCUCCAAGCCUGUCUUCUUCCAGACCCUCUCGCCUUCUUCUCUCUCCAAGAUGCCCGGCUGGAUUUUCUCCUGGAAGGUUGGGACUUCUGCCUUUGGAUUGCUGCAAAGGGACGCAAGCAAGGACCUGUGAACCCACACGACUGGCACCUUUGCAGCUGCAGAAGCCAGUCCAAAAUGAAGCUUCCUGUCCUUUUGGUCCUUGCGAUUUCGACUGUCUUCAGCACAACUGUCAAGCUGGUAUCGAAGAGAAAUUCAGUGGACGGCUGCAUCGACUGGCUGGUGGAUCUCAAAAGGUACAUGGCUCUGGCUGGCGAGCCCGUCCGAGUGAAAUGCGCUCUUUUCUACAGCUACAUCCGGACUAACUACAGCAUGGCUCAAAGCACAGGCCUCCGGCUCAUGUGGUACAGGAACAAGGGCGACUUGGAAGAGCCCAUCAUCUUCUCCGAAGUUCGAAUGAGCAAAGACGAAGACUCGAUUUGGUUCCAUGCAGCGGAGGUUCAAGACAGCGGGUUCUACACUUGUGUGUUAAGAAACUCAACGUAUUGCAUGAAGGUGUCAAUGUCCUUGACCGUUGCGGAGAAUGAAUCGGGGCUUUGCUACAACAGCACAAUUCGCUACUUAGAGAAAUCAGAGAUCACUAGGACAAAGAUCAUCUCCUGCCCAGACAUAGAGGAUUAUAAAACAGGGAACCAAGAACCAGAAGUCAUAUGGUACAAGGAGUGUAAGCCAAAAUUGUGGCGAAGCGUUGUCGUUCAGAAGGAAAACACUCUUUUAAUUCAAGACGUUCAAGAAGAAGAUGGUGGAAAUUAUACUUGCGAGCUGAAGUUCGAAGGGAAGCUCAUACGGAGAACGACUGAGCUCAAAGUUACAGCUUUAGUCACUAAGAGACCACCUCAGCCUUUAUACCCAGUGGAGAACCAGACUACCUUUAUCGAUAUCCAGCUGGGUCAGCCACUAACCGUUGCCUGCAAAGCAUUCUUUGGGUUUAGCGGGGAGUCUGGACCCAUGAUCUACUGGACCCGAGGAGAGAGAUUCAUCGAAGAACUUGAAAACCACAUCAAAGAAGGCGAGAUCAGACUUCUCAAAGAGCAUCUUGGAGAAAAAAUAGUGGAGCUGACGUUAAUCUUUGACCUGGUGAAAGAGCCGGACUUGGCCAAUUACACGUGCCACGUUGAGAACAGAAAUGGGCGGAAGCACGCAAGCAUCAUUCUGCGUAAGAAAGACCUGAUCUCCAAGAUCGAGCUUGCCGGAGGUUUGGGGGCAAUCCUUCUUUUGCUGGCAUUACUUAUCACGAUCUACAAGUGUUACAACGUUGAACUGAUGCUGUGCUACAGACAGACUUUUGGAGGAGAUGAAACCGUGGGUGACAAUAAGGAAUACGACGCCUAUCUGUCUUACACAAAAGUGGACCCAGACACUUUAGACUGCGACAACAGUGAAGAGGAACAAUUUGCACUUGAAAUCUUGCCCGACGUUCUGGAGAAACACUAUGGAUACAAGCUCUUCAUUCCAGACAGGGACCUGAUCCCAACUGGGACCUACCUUGAAGAUCUCACAAGAUGUGUAGAACAAAGCCGCAGGCUGAUCAUUGUACUGACUCCAGACUACAUCCUCAGGAGAGGCUGGAGCAUUUUUGAGAUGGAAAACAGACUCCACAACCUGCUUGUCAGUGGAGAAAUCAAAGUCAUUUUCAUCGAGUGUCCCGAACUGAAAGGCAAAGUGAAUUACCAAGAAGUCGAAUCGCUAAAGCACGCCGUGAAACUCUUCUCGGUCGUCCAGUGGAACGGUCCCAAAAGCAGCAAACUGAAUUCGACCUUUUGGAAGCGCUUGCUCUACGAAAUGCCGGCCAAGAAAAAAGAGGUUUUGUCCCGGCGCCAAGUCCUGGAUUCGGCCGAGCAGGGCCUCUUUGGGGAUCUCCAAACGAUGCCGAACAUUGCCGUGACGGACACCUCGGCCGCUAUGGUUGCCUCGCAGGCAGACCUGGGCAAUUACCAACAGCCGGAUCCGGUGCAAACGAGACAUUACUGCAGAGGAUACGAGUACGACAUGCAGUCCGCCACCUUGCCCUUGGCUGCCAUAAGCAGCAACCACCACACUUAUUGCAACAUACCCCUGACGCUACUCAAUGGGCAGCUACCUCUUAAUAACAGCAUGAAGGACGCACAAGAGUUUCACAGGAACAACCCUUUGCUGCCCUUGUCAACGAGGGAGCUCAGUUUCACCAGUGACAUAUGGUAGUCGCAUUGGGACACUCAUUGGCUCCUCGAACCCUGAACAUCCGGUGCCAAAAUAUUUUGAAAAGUCACCGCAAACUCACUUUUAUACUUGAACCUCUUUGUUUACACUUCCAAAAUUAUUAACAAGGGAGGGAACCUACUUUUGUAGCUCACAGAUAUCUUUUAAUGUACAGUUUUAUGGCUUCUUUAUAUUUUGAAAAAAAGGGGGGAGCGCUGGAGAGUAUUUUGAAAGAAGGGUUUAGAGCAGGGGUCCUCAAACUACGGCCCGCGGGCCACUUCUGGCCCGCCAAGGGCACUUAUCUGGCCCACGGAGGAGGAGCUCCCCCCCACACACA